UCAGACGGUUCUGACCACUGAUCUCUGCCUCUAACAGUGAUAUGAAACUUUGUAUUUGUACUGUAGUAUUUGUGUCAUGUUUUUAUAUGAAAUCGUAGGGCUCAUGAAUAUGGUGAGCUAAAGCCGAGUUGUUUAACAAUAGAUAACGGUCUAGUAUCUCAAACUCAUUGACAAUAGUCGAAGAUUAUAUUAAUUUAGCUUGAACGCAACAGUGAUGUCAUCACUGCAAAAGACGAUUUUGAAAUCGAAGCUGCCACCAUCAGGUCUUGAUUUUGGCAUGCCUUCUAGGGCAUGCAAAUCCAGGGCAUUUCAACAAAAGCGGGACUAUGAUCCAGUUGAAUGGUGUCCAUAUUUUGACGAGUCCAAAGAUGUCAAGAUUGAAGAUGACACUUUUCACCUGUACAUCAAGGGAACUGAAGGGCCAACACUAGUUCUGUUGCAUGGCGGUGGCUUCAGUGCUCUAACAUGGGCUGAGUUUACGAAAUCCAUUAUGAGUAUGGUUGUGUGCCAAGUGAUGGCCAUAGAUUUACGGGGUCACGGAGAUUCACACUCAAGAAACGACAAUGAUCUUUCAGGAGAUAUGUUAGCUAGUGACGUAGCUGCCAUUAUAAAAGCAGUUGCUCCAAAUUCCCCAGUAAUUCUAGUUGGUCACAGCAUGGGUGGUGCUGUAGCAGUUCGUGCAGCUCCAUUGAUUCCAAAUAUAACUGGGAUCGCUGUUAUAGAUGUUGUCGAAGGAACUGCUAUGGACGCUCUCACUUCUAUGCAAAGUUUUCUUCGGUCUCGACCAACUAGCUUUGCUACCAUACCACAAGCAAUCGAGUGGUGUGUACGAAGUGGACAAAUCCGCAAUGUCGAUUCAGCUAAGGUAUCAGUUCCUGGGCAGAUAAAAAAUGUUAAAACAGGUAAAUUAGCAACGCAUGAUAUCGGAUCUCUUCUGGCUGCUGCCGACCGACCAGAUAAUCCUCAACCAGUUACACAACGGGAAGAUACAAUUCAGGAAGAAGAACCUCUCGACAUGUUACCACCUAUUUCUACUGCGCCGGCAGUUAUAACACCCAGCAAUAAAAAUUAUACGUGGAGAAUAGAUCUGGGUAAAACUGAGCAGCACUGGUCUGGCUGGUUUCAAGGACUAUCUGCAGCCUUCCUCAAUGUAUCAGCUCCGAAAAUGCUGCUUCUCGCAGGUGUGGACAGACUAGACAAAGAACUCACAGUUGGGCAAAUGCAAGGCAAAUUCCAAAUGCAAGUAUUGCCGGCCUGUGGUCACGCCGUGCACGAGGAUGUUCCUGACAAGGUUGCUGAGGCAGUGGCGACUUUUUUGGUUAGACAUAAGUUUGCUGAGCCUGCAUCAGACUUUUCACGAACGCUACCAGCUUGUUAAUUGCAUGUUCGCUGCAUCGCUGACUACCGGAUCUACAACAACCAAGUAUUACGAACAGAUAAUUGAAAGAAUCGAUCUUUUUUCAAUUAGUUUUCAAGAAAUUUUACUUAAUUUUUUUAUCGAUUUGUGUAUCGAAACGUAUAAUAAAUUGAAAAACAAAACUCA